AUGGCUAAAGAUGUUGAGGUUCAAGAACAAGGAGAAUACUCCGCAAAAGAUUACCAAGAUCCACCUCCAGCACCAUUGAUAGACCUUGAUGAGUUAACAAAGUGGUCCUUUUACAGAGCUCUUAUAGCUGAAUUCGUAGCAACACUUCUCUUUCUUUAUGUCACUAUUUUAACCAUCAUUGGUUAUAGCCACCAGACUGAUGCUAACGCUGGCGGUACAGACUGUGACGGUGUUGGCAUUUUGGGUAUUGCCUGGGCUUUUGGUGGCAUGAUUUUCAUCCUUGUUUACUGCACCGCUGGUAUCUCUGGAGGACACAUAAACCCUGCCGUGACGUUCGGGCUAUUCGUGGGGCGCAAGGUGUCCUUGUUAAGGGCAGUAUUCUACAUGGCAGCACAGUGUGCAGGAGCAAUCUGUGGGACCGGACUAGCCAAGGGUUUCCAGAAAUCAUUCUUUGACAGGUAUGGAGGUGGUGCCAACUUUAUCCAUGAUGGUUACAACAAAGGUACAGCUUUGGGUGCUGAGAUUAUUGGUACCUUUGUUCUUGUCUACACUGUCUUUUCUGCAACUGAUCCUAAGAGAAACGCUAGGGACUCUCAUGUUCCUGUUUUGGCACCAUUACCUAUUGGAUUUGCUGUUUUCAUGGUUCAUUUGGCCACUAUUCCGAUCACCGGUACCGGUAUUAACCCGGCAAGAAGUUUCGGGUCCGCCGUGAUCUUAAACCAGGACAAAAUUUGGGAUGAUCAGUGGGUUUUCUGGGUUGGACCAAUAAUUGGAGCAACAGUGGCUGCAAUUUACCAUCAAUACAUUCUAAGAGGAUCAGCAAUUAAAGCUCUUGGAUCAUUCAGGAGCAACGCUUAA